AUGAGGCGGCGGUGUUUUUGGCAGUGCAUUGACGGAGCUCUGACACUACUGCUUGAUUGAAUGAGUUUAUAGCGAGUGCAUGCGGUGCCACUGUAACGCGAACUAACAGCAGAAACACGCGGAGGGGACACGACUUGACGUGUGAACGCCAGAGACGGUUAACACGUAGUUGAAAUAGCCAAAGCGAUUUGCUGCCAUAAGCUAGCACCUCGUCGAGCUAGCCAGUAGGUAAGGUUAGCCUGGUAGCUAAUGCUAGCUGUAACCAGUAUAUUUAGCUAAUUAGUAUUGGCAACAUAAUUCGCGUGGUCUUUGCGUGUCCUAUGAGCGCACGUCGCUAGCCGUGUGAACCAAAAAUGUCCACAAAUUCGCUGGAUAAAGAGCUACAGGAGCAGCUGAGAGAGGCGUCUGCCAUCGGGGAUAUCGAUGAAGUGCGGGCGUUAGUGGAGAGUGGGGUUAAUGUCAACUCACAAAACGAAAUCAACGGAUGGACAUGCUUACACUGGGCAUGCAAGAGGAAUCACAAGCACAUAGUGUCCUACUUACUCAGUUGUGGAGCGGACAAAGACAUCCUCACAGCUAAGGAUGAGUUAGCGUCACAACUGACAUCCAAGCCGGAGAUCAAAAGACUGUUAGGAGUUGAGGUGGAGGAAGUGCCUGAAGUGAAGGAGCCCGAGUUGCCAAUCAUCCCCAACUACCUGUCUAACCCGCCCUUUAUGUAUUCCAAGAUGGACAAGAAGUCAGAGGUGGUUCACCUUACACAAAACGGUUCUGGAGAGCACGCUGAAGACACGCAGAGUGAUUCGGCAUCUCUUUCACCAACACACGAGCCUCCUCGGAAACUCGUCUUCGAUGCCUCCGCUCCUUCCUCAAAUCCCACCAUCAACCACAGCCAAGCCCAGACUGGGGAGUUCAUCCCUGUGAACGAGCAGAACGGUGUCUCACCCAGCACGGCUGCUUCCCACAGUCACACUGUCGUUAACUGCACGGUGCCCAUGGACCUAUCAGUCGAGCCUCACCUUGUCAACCACGCCGACUACCCGCACACAGUGGUGCACAACGGCACCGUGUGUUCGCCUCCACUGGCCUCACCCAGUCCCAGCUUGGCUAGCAACGGCGGGAGCCAGGUCCAAGCCCCAGUGGCCAGCACAAACCCGACUGUGAGCAGACAGCAGUCUAUCCCACAGCAACUGAGUUACGGCCAGGCUGGUGGUGCCAUGCCAGCCUUCCAGCCUUUCUUUUUCACCAGCACCUUCCCUGUCAAUGUACAAGAGUUGGUACUGAAGGUGCGUAUCCAGAACCCCAAUGCGCGGGAGAACGACUUCAUUGAGGUGGAGCUGGACCGCCAGGAGCUCACCUAUCGUUCCCUUCUACGAGUCUGUUGCCGUGAGUUGGAUAUCAGCGCCGAGCACGUGGAGAAGAUCCGCAAGCUGCCCAACACCAUGCUGAGAAAGGACAAGGAUGUGGCUCGGUUGCAGGACUUUCAGGAGCUGGAGGUCGUGUUGGAGAAAGCAGAAGGCCUGUCCCUCUUCUCUGGGUCUGGGGGCCUAACAGACAGACCCUGCUACAACAUGAAGGCCUCCCGACUCACCUACUAGAGCUCCCAAAAAGCUGGAAGUCCCCCUGCUUACAAUGGGCUUCUGUAGCUACCCUCAAGCAACCAUAACUAGUUGCCUGCCCAGGUCCCUCAUUACAGUUUUGUUCAGCUUUGGUGUUUUGCCAGUUUAACUAACUGGGAAUCUUUUUUUUCCCCCAGACUGUAGCUUAUUGUUUGCCUCCUGUCCUCCUCUGACCCUCACGCUGCUUUUGUGUACCCAAACCAGUUCUAAGUGAUUACUGAUGCAUGGUGCCCUCGAUGACUUGCAGAAGUAUUCGGACACCUCUCUCAUCUCUUUAGCUCUUUUCUCUCCUCCCACUGCACUUUGUGCCAAGGCUCCAGUAGGACAACAGAGGAGGACACUGGCUUGUCUUCCUUAUGGGCUGGACUUGAACGGGAUUCUGCAAUAGCCUUAUAUGGACACAUUUCUAUACUGGUUCAGGCUGUGGUCUGAGAAGACAGAGGGCAACAGGAAGGAUUUGCAUAACUCUAACUGAUAAGAUAAUCAAGUCAACAGAACAGGACCAGGCGCAGCACCGUGGACGUGACCUGUUGAGUGAUAUCACACAUACUGGCUCUAGUACACACUUUCAUAUAUGCUGUAGGCAAAAAACUGUGUGUUUUUUUUCCCCUGCAGUGUAUCUGCUCUUGGCCUAAUUCUCAAGGUGGAUUUAAUCUUACAACAGGUGACAUUUGAAGUAUCGCUGGACUAAUUUUACUUGUAUUAGACGAUAGCAGAGAUGACGCUUUAAUCUCUUUCCCACAAGGAUGGACACGUUUGAGCAGGAGUACUCGUUUCCCUGCAUAGUGAAACCAUUCAGUUGUACACUGUGGUAAAGGAAGAUCUAGUUAUGUUUGUUUAUUCACGUAAGACUUAAAUGUUGGAGAUAAAACUGCAGCCACUUGAAACUGACCCCCCCCCCCCUUAUUUUUUCUUUUUCUCUUUAAACAAAUAUCACUUUUGCUUUGCAGGGUAUGUUAAUCUGUUUCGUCACUAAAAAACUUACUGUCAACUGUGAAGGGUUCAUAUUAAAUUUACAAUUACAUUAAUACUAAUAAAGCAAGACCAUGAAUAACGCUUUAGGCUGACGAGGCUCGAGUCCCAGCAGAGGUUGCGGAUGACGCUCCAUUUCGUUUUUCCGUGAGUUCGAAUGUAUUCAGUUGUUGUCCAUACGUUUAAAUGUGUCAGGAUUGAAACCAAAAACUAAUCUAGCCAGCAAAGAUGCUAACCACACAAAAGAAGGCAUCCUCGACCGAUAUUCAACUCCAGGAAGGAAUGAAACAGGAGAUUGCUAAGGACCUGGGGGGUUUGUUUGUUAUGAUUCAGCGCUUCCUCGUUGCGAAAAUAAUAUUACAAAUAGCACUGUCACUUCAAUUCAAACCUAAACUCGUAUAUGGGGACUAGAUUUCUUUUUUUUUUUUUU